AUGGAUCGUCGGUGGUUAAGCAUUAAAAUGAACCGGCCGGCUGAGCUGAUUGCAAAGUUUCUGGAUGAGAAGCUUCGUGCUGGAAAUAAGGGAACCUCUGAAGAGGAGUUGGAGGGUACGCUUGAUAAAGUUUUGGUUUUGUUCAGGUUUAUUCAGGGCAAGGAUGUGUUUGAAGCAUUUUAUAAGAAAGAUCUUGCUAAAAGACUACUAUUGGGAAAAAGUGCUUCUAUCGAUGCAGAAAAAUCUAUGAUAUCAAAGCUGAAGACCGAGUGCGGCAGCCAGUUUACAAACAAACUUGAAGGAAUGUUUAAGGAUAUUGAACUUUCAAAGGAGAUAAAUGAAUCCUUCAAACAAUCAUCCCUGGCAAGGACAAAACUUCCAUCAGGGAUUGAGAUGAGUGUCCAUGUUUUAACAACAGGGUACUGGCCUACAUAUCCGCCCAUGGAUGUUAGGCUUCCUCACGAGCUAAAUGUCUAUCAGGAUAUUUUCAAAGAAUUCUACUUAAGUAAAUAUAGUGGCAGGCGCUUAAUGUGGCAAAAUUCAUUUGGUCACUGUGUGUUGAAAGCUGAAUUUCCGAAAGGUAAAAAGGAGCUGGCAGUUUCUCUAUUUCAGACUGUCGUUUUGAUGUUGUUUAAUGAUGCCCAAAAGCUUAGCUUUCAAGAUAUUAAGGAUGCCACUAGCAUAGAGGACAUAGAACUGAGACGGACUUUGCAGUCUCUUGCAUGUGGAAAAGUUCGUGUCCUGCAAAAGCUGCCUAAAGGGAGGGAUGUGGAGGAUGAUGAUUCGUUUGUUUUCAACGAGGGAUUUACUGCUCCUCUGUAUCGUAUAAAGCUACAUAUGUUUGUUAUGUUGGUCAAUGCAAUCCAGACGAAGGAAACUGUAGAGGAGAACACAAGCACCACUGAGAGAGUAUUUCAAGACCGACAAUACCAGGUUGAUGCUGCUAUUGUUCGGAUAAUGAAGACAAGGAAAGUACUAAGUCACACACUUCUGAUUACUGAACUCUUCCAACAGCUUAAGUUUCCUAUCAAGCCAGCGGAUUUGAAGAAAAGGAUAGAGAGCCUCAUCGACAGGGAGUACCUGUUGCGAGACAAGAGCAACCCUCAAAUAUACAAUUACCUAGCAUAAUUCAUUUUGCGGCACUAAAAAAUCUUCUUGUAAAUGACACGGGAGAUGUCUGACCUCUUUAAGAGGCUACUCAAUCCCUGUCCGAUGAACGUACAGUUAACUUGUAGUGGUUUAAUUUUGUUGCAGUCAACAAUAUAAUCGUAAAGCAUAUUAAGCUUCUCGUUUA